GUCACUGCAGCCGGGAGGAGAGCGGAGCGUCGUCGUCCUCGCGGCCGCCUGGCACACGACUCCCGUCGGCCGCACUCAGUCGCUCUCGGCUCAGAACUGUGGACCCGGACAUGAAGACCAAACCCUCGCAGCAGGUGGCAGCGGCGGUUCCGGACGGGUCCAGUUUCGAGGUGACGCUCCAGCAGCUCAACGACUUGUUGACGGACGACAGCGGGUUCUACAGCUGGCCCACGCGACACUUCCACGAAGUGCACCCCAGAAUCUACGUGGGCAACGCGUUCGUGGCCACAAACGUGAUGCGGCUCAAGCGUCUGGGCGUCACCCACGUCCUGAACGCCGCCGAGGGCACCUCCUUCAUGCACGUCAACACCGACGGCGAGUUCUACACCGGCUCGGGGAUCACCUACCACGGCGUCCCGGCCAGCGACACCGACCACUACGACAUCAGCGUGUAUUUCGAGGAGGCGGCCGACUUCAUCGAGAAAGCACUGGCCUCCAAACACGGGAAAGGUAAAGUCUACGUCCACUGCCGCGAGGGCUACAGCCGCUCGCCCACGCUGGUCAUCGCCUACCUGAUGCUCCGCCAGCACAUGGACGUGCACACGGCGCUCGCCAUGGUGCGUCAGAAGCGAGAGAUCGGGCCCAACGACGGCUUCCUGCGGCAGCUCUGUCGGCUCAACCAGCGCCUGGCUGCCGAGGGCAAGUUCUGGACCAAGUGAAGCCGACCCUCCUCGCCCUCCACAGCGUUCCCACGUGGUGCUGGUCCGAGUCACUGAGGAGAUCACGUCUCGCACUUUUGCCUCGUGCCGUUCGGGUCCUCGCUGACGUGUGCACGUCGCUGAUCCACUCCAUCUCUGUUGGGUGUUGUUUUGUGACGGUCACUCAUCUGAGUCCAUCCAGCCGCAGUCGGAAACCAUGAGACAGGGAGGGCACAAUGAGAUAGUGAGGCCCAGAUUAUCACCAUGUUUUAGAAUUCACUCACAGAACUGAAUUUCAACAAAUCACAACGAACCUGCGCACAAUAAUUGGCCCCCGAGAUGGCACUCUCCGCUCUGUGAUCCAAGCAAACGUGAUUCUGAGUGCCACCUACAGACCUCUGAUGACGACAAAAUUAUAACUGAGGGAAAAAACUGCCAGGAAAACCUGCACUAAUCUGAGGUUAAAAUGAGGAGGCUCUCAGGAAACACCUCCCCAGACGGAGGAGGCUUCUGAGAGAGGUCUUGGCCUCUUCACUCAGAUUGCUGCCCCGACAAUCUCACAUUGAUCUAGAUCGCAAACAUCACAGUCGUCUGUCCUGACACGAGUGGAACGCGGCACAAUUUUCCCACACCAGUCCGAGAAUAUCUCGAGACCUAGAUGUUAAACGCGUGUGUAUUUAAAACACUGCCAGAAUGUGACAAAGUCGCGUGUGUUUUUCAUCACUGAACCAAAGUGCUGAAGCGUCCGUGUGUGCUGUUGUGUUUGUGCGCUUCUGUGAGUCGUCCAGAUGACAGUAUUCCAGGUGAUCGUUGCUUCUACACGUGAACAUGAAGUGCACUUUAUCUGCUGACACGGCUGAUUGUUGUCGCUCACUUUCCUACGUUCAGAAAUAAACUAUUGAAAAAUGUUCACUUGGCUGUUAUUCCAGGACAUCGGUGUAGCACACUUCACUGUCACUAGAGGGCAGCAGUCAGCCGGCUGCACCUACUCGAUAAAAGAAAGUUAAAAAAAAAUAAAAAAGAGGCGGAAAGACGCUUUAAAAUGAUUCGGAUCUUUAAAAGAUGUAUUAUGAUGGGAUGUCAGAUUAUGAGCCAGAGACAGAGCGAAAGUGAGGGGUUACCAGCGCUAC